AGUGGAAAAAAAAAAAGAGAAACAAAAGAAAAACCCUUCUUCAAAAUCACCAGUUUGCCACUGCUCGAAGCUCUUCGGCAGACCGCGACUUCAACUGACCAAUCUCCACCUCCACGUCGGCUCUCUCCGUGUCUCCGUCGCCGUCGCCGGAAAAGAUGAAGUACAUGAAGCCAUACAACUUAUUUCAAGAAUUGCUCAAGUCAAAUACACUUGCAAGUAGUCGUUUUCUUGGGUUGGAUGUGGGCGAUAAGUACGUUGGUCUAGCUGUUUCGGAUUCAACCAAUAAAGUUGCAUCACCUCUCGCUGUUCUCGUUCGCAAGAAAACAAAUAUCGACUUGAUGGCCAAAGAUUUCCAGAGUCUGGUUUCUGAACUUUCCUUGGGGGCCUUUGUUUUCGGCUAUCCGUUUGAUAGACAGAAAAUGAGUCGAGAUGCUGUGCAAGUUAAGUUUCUCAUUGACGACCUUUGUCGGACGGGGGAACUUAGAGGUGUAAAGUACACAUUUUGGGAUGAAUGUUUCACAUCUAAGAAUGUUGAGCUGUUACUACAACCUUUAAAGUUGCACCCAGCACAGACGAAGACAAUGUUAGACAAAUUUGCAGCAGUCGGAAUACUUCAGGGGUACUUGGACUUUGUUAACAGGAAACAUGCCUCGACGCCCGACAAAAACUCUUCUGAGGAUGGUUCCUAAUACAACCUACAUCUGAUUACAUUAAUUCCUUCAAAAGAUGGAUAUGUAACAUUGUACUUAUACUAACAUUGAAAUAAUGAGUUGUAGGGGUUGUAGGUUAUUGUAUUUUGUUAAAUAUUUAUCCUAUGUAUAAGUUGUAACACUGUAUUCAAGAGCAAGACUGUAAUUGUAUGGACCACAACGUGUGGUUCUUUGUUGAGAGAAUCUCUUGACAUCUUAACCACAUUUAAGGUUGUUAGUAAUUAAGUAAUAACUCAUGUAAAACUUUAAUUAGAUUAGAAAAUUACUUUUGUUGAUGUACA